CUUCGUCGGCCAUUGAUAAUUGAUCACGUGCAUAAACAAAUUAUUAAAAUCGGGGUCGCGAUUCUAAGUAAAAAUUUGUGUCCUUUACUGCCAAAAAUGUCAACACAAUUUUACGAUACUCUUCCAACGUAUGAGGAGUUGAAUGUCCCUGAAUUACAUUUAACAUGGCCUGAAUUAAAAGCAGGAUCUUUAUAUUUUGGAAGAUUUUGUGAUACUCCAUGCAAAGAAUUCAUGCUAUGUAGGCAGGAAAACACUCAAAACCCAACUGAAUGUUUGAAAGAGGGCAAAGAAGUCACAAAGUGUGGCUUCCGAUUUUUUGGCAAAGUAAAGAAACACUGCUUGAAAGAAUUUGAAACCUACUACAAGUGUGUCGACAGAGAUUACCAAGGCUCUCUGGAUUUUGCCAAUUGUAGGAAACCUCAGCUGGUAUUUGAUGAAUGCAUGAAGGAGAAGCUUGACAUUGAUCGACCAUACAUAGGGUAUUUUGCACGAGUGCGUCUCGUGGACACUGACCGUCCUCGUCGAAUCUUACCAAAACGUGACUACAUCAAACUCGAGGAACCACCAACAGUAGAAGAAUUGGACAAGAUGAAACUCAAGGCAGAUCAAUAUCCACUACAUUAUUCAAAAAUGUUUUAAUUGACUUAUUGAAACACCAAUAACAAUUCUACUGUUAUAAAAUGCAAAAGUUUGCAUUAAUAAAUUAUCCUAUUGUUUGCA